UUCGAUCGAGCUUGAAGAUUGGCCAGCGGUAAGCUGAUUCCCAGUCGUAGGCACGUCGCGGAGCCAUCAGGGUGUUUGCUUCUCCCACGUCGUUCCAAAACCCGCUCAAUCCAGCGCAAAUUGGAUGGUCGGACUGCGGUUACCCCUCCAUCCCCGGCACUGCGGCCCUGCACUAGGCCGACGGGGAAGGUUGGUAUCCGUGUAUAUAAAGAGUGACACUUACCAGCCUUGACCAUUUUGAAUGACUUUGGUGUUGUUUUGGGUUUGAAUUGGUUUUGUUGUUUUGCGGAUGUGUUGCUCAAGCAGCGGAUGUUGAGGAGAAGAAAUGAUGAAAGUUUAAGGUGCAAAGAGGGGAAGAAGGGGAAAGUACCUUAUGGAGUCUCUGAGACGAGCCAGCCACCCAGCUCAGACGGGGAGAACACUGGGGAAAAGAGAGAGACACACAACACCUCACCUCAAUACGGAAUACCUCACUGUGAAUGGAUAGGGGCGGGCACUUACGGCCGGCUUGCACGAACUCUGUGGACGCCCAAUGAGGGACGAGAAAUGUGGUAUUCCGUAGCCAGGAAAAUGCACAAUUCGGAAUUCCGAGGGACAGAAGCUCGCCUCGCCUCGCCUUGUCUUCCCUCAGAGAACCGCUGGAUCGCAGCAGCACGGCAAGGUUGCUCGUCUUCUCGCCCGCUGGCAUUUCCCCUAAAGUCCGGCCAGUCACCCAGUCUACCCCUCCUCUCCGACUCUGACAGGUAUUAUGCCGUGGUCCAAGUCCCGAUGAAUGGACAGCCGCAUACGCUAUCACGCCCAGCUUGCGCUUGGAUGGUGGGGGAAGCUGCUGCCCCGCUCCCACAAUAUCUCAUUGCCGUCAUCUUGGUCCAAGUGGGUUCGGGUUGAGCUUCAUGAGCAUCUGGUUGGCUAAUGGUCUGGCAGUUCUCCGGGAUGCUUACAAAUGAAUGGAUGGUGCAAUACGAUGGUGAACGGGAAGGUACUGCGACUACGGGCAUUCAACAAAGGAAGU